UUGACUGUAGACAGUGUACUGAGUGUAGUGUCAGACAGCAAAUACCAUUACUAUCUGGAAGAAGUAAAAACAGAAAUCAUCACAGAAACCUUCCCUCCAUGUAGGGUCUUGUUAGCUUUGUCAUCAGUACAUACAUAUGUAAAAUAGAUCUACUAUACAUAUUUUAGUGAUUUAUGUCAAUGAAACCAUGCACAUUUUCAGAGCUGUUGUGAUUCUGUGGAUUUCGGGUGUUCUGGGUGUUUGUUCUUCAAAUGGAACCAAAUGUGCUAUCACAAAAAAUCCACAGGUGAAAUAUUCUCAUGGUGAAACUUCAGGUGAAGAAGUUCGAACUGUAACUGGUUACGAAGAUGGAAUUGAAAUUCAACAUUGUCCAAAAGGUACCUGCUAUACUGUAUGGCAAGGUGACUUUAACACAACAAGCAAUGAUGUAGUUCUUUUACAAGGCUGCUGGGAGAAUGCUGGAAGCAGGGACUGUGACUCACCUGAAUGUGUGUCUAAAAAAAAACCCACCAAGCCUACUAACAAUACCAAGUUUUGUUGUUGUACUGGAUACUUAUGUAAUUUUAAUUUUACUCAUGACUAUGACCCUAGUUCUGAAGAAUCUGAAUUGGCUUCACCUGUUCCACAAUUCAUAAAAGAACCAGCAUCAAAAGCAGAAUCCGUUAUCAUAGCCUUGGCCUCUUUCUGUUCUUUGUGUGUGAUUACUGUUGCUGGUAUUUUAAUUUUUCGAAAGUGGCCUUCUUCCACGAAGAUAAGUAACGAUUCUGUCAAUAUGGUGGAAGGCCCUUCAUCCCUAAAUUCAACUUUUGAUCUGGAUAGUCUAAAGAUACAAGAAAAUAUUGGCAUGGGGCGUUAUGGAUCAGUUGCUCGAGGAACAUUGAAUGGUUUUUCUGUUGCAAUUAAGACCUUUGCCUUUGAAAAUAAGCAGUAUUUUCAAAACGAACGUGAUAUUUACAGCCUACCACUGAUGGAUUAUCCUUGUCUUCCAAAAUAUUUUGGGUCAGAAGAGAGGAUUGGUGAAGAUAGUCAAAUAGAAUAUCUACUUGUGAUUUCAUAUGCUCCUAAUGGCUGCUUGCAAGACUAUUUGCGUAACCACACAGUUGAUUGGCCAACCCUUUGUAAGAUGAUGCAGACAAUUACUCAAGGACUUGCUUAUCUUCAUUCUGAUAUUUGCAAAGGAGAUCUGGUAAAACCAUGUAUUGCCCACAGAGACUUGACAUCUCGGAACAUUUUAGUAAAUGAUGAUCUUUCUUGCAUUAUAUGUGACUUUGGAUUUGCCAUUCAGAUUGCUGGGCCCAAAUGCACUCAGAAUGGUGAACAACAAGACAUGGAUUCAUUGUGUCUUACAGAUGUUGGAACCCUGCGAUAUAUGGCCCCAGAAGCCCUUGAAGGAGCUGUGAAUUUAAGGGAUUGUGAGUCCUCUCUGAAACAAGUUGAUAUGUAUGCAUUAGGCUUAAUCCUGUGGGAAAUUGCUACUCGUUGUUCUGACUUGUAUCAAGGAUUGGAGGUCCCAGAAUACAAGCUACCCUUUGAAGCUGAACUGGGCAAACAUCCAACUGUAGAUCAAAUGCAAGUUCUUGUAGCACGUCACAAAGCUCACCCUCUCUUCCCAGAGAUCUGGAAGGAUUCAAAUCCUGCUGUUCGUGCUUUGAAAGAAACCAUUGAAGAUUGCUGGGACCAAGAUGCUGAGGCCAGGUUAACAGCACUUUGUGUAGAGGAGAGACUUGCUGAAAUUCCUGUCCUAUGGGAGAGAUAUAAGGCUGGUCUGAAUAUCUAUGGAGUGAGUCCAACUGUGAACCAAACUGGCUCUUCUCAGGAUAAUGGCCCCAUAAUUAAUUCUUCAUCUGGAAGUCAACGCACAGCCAGUACAAUGCUCAGUACAACAGCUACAGAUAGCUCUCGGGGCAACAGGAUUAGUCAAGGUCAUGCUAGCAACACUUCAGAAAAUACACUUGAAACCAUUUUGACAGUAUCGCCUUCAGAAUCCUCUGCUCCACCUGUCACUGGGGGAGAAAAGAACAACAUUGCAAACCUUGGUGGGUUAUUUUACCCAAAAGUUAUUGGUCCGUUGCAACCUCAUCAGGGUCGCAAUCCAUGCAUGGAGCGAAAUCUUAUGGUGGAAUCAUUUGAAGAGGUUUCUGUAGAAGGAAACCAGCUAAUGGACAAAGGAUCCAAGUAUCACAAAUCACCUCUAAAUCAUACAGGUGAGGAUAUUUUUGAUAAUCUGAAUUUAUCAGAAAACCUAGAAAGUAAUGCCUUGGUUUCAAGUGAUGUCCUUGGGCACAAUUCCAACCCUAUUCCUUAUCUGCAGAAUGCUGUUCGACCUUAUGGGGUGAUGCCCAAACAGCCCAACAUGCCUGGAAAUGGACAUAACACGAUUCCUGCAAGUUCCAAUGAGAAAAAGGUUGGCAAGAAACCUUUCACCUUUUUUCAGUGGAAAGAGAGUAACCAUGGCUUUAUUUUUGGGAUAAAAAAUUUUUUUAGCCGAAAUUCAAGUGAUAAGAAAAAAGUUGCACUUCAGGAAAAGCAGCAGACUCAUAAUCAUGAAAAUGGAACAAAGAUUAAUAUUGGGGAUUCAUUUAAUUUUAACUCUCUCAAAAACGUUCAGGCUGCUCCUAAGGAUACUAUAGUUUGUAUUAUGGAUCAUAGAGGGAAAAGUGAUCCUUAUCAAACUGUAGUGCGUACUAUAGAGAAGAAUAUGAACCUAGCAAAGGCAAAGAACUAUGUAUCUAGUGAUCAGAGAUUUGACAGUGACACUUCACUAUCUGGAGAUGCUUUAGAGACAGAGGGUCAAAGCCAGAGGCGACCUAGCACAUUGCCACUUGAGAGUCAAGCUCCACCAGAAAGUAGCUGUGAGAUGAGUGCACAUUUUGAAGAAUUAGACCAUUAUACAGAUGAAUGUGUUGAUGCAAAGCAUAAAACUGAGAAAAUUGUAAAACGUGUCAAAACACCUUUUCAAAUGAAGGUUGGUCGGUUUUCACUGUAUAAUGAUCGCAUUAUGAGUUGUAAGGAAGAACAAAGUGAAGAGUUUGUUUCAGAACACAAAGCAGGUGAUUCUUCAAAGUCUUCAUUGUCCAUGCCUCAUGGCAUCAAUCGAUACUGUUUAUCGGAAACUGUCCCGUUGCUCCAAGAAACGAAGGAAAAGUCAGGUUGCACUUUGGAUGACCGUCAUUCCAGCGAAGAACAAAAGCUGGCAGAAACUUGUGAUAUUACCAAAUUAUAGGUUUUUUUUGUGCAUAUGUGUGUGUUUAUCUAUACAUGUGUAUACACGUCUUAUUUUAAAGAAGUUGAGUUAAAACUGAAUAAAAAUCAACACUUAUUUGAAACUUUGACACACAGAUUUCUAUGCUAGUUUGGGCAAUUUCUGUGCCAUCCUUGGUUAGACAAUGUCUUGCAAAGAGAGAGAAAUUUGCUCAAGUAUACAACUUAUGUGGCAAAAAUUUCAUCACCUAAGUUGCAUGCUGAAAUGAACCUCUUAUUUGCUGUGAGAAACUAUCUGACUGAUGACAGCAUGUGAAAGUUUUGAAACUAGUAUUGGGGUCUUUGUGUCAAAGCUCCAAAAAUGUAUGGAUUUUAGUUUAGUUUUGACUAAUAUAUAUAUACGGUAUUGUGUACUCAUUUACAAUGAGUUGUCAAUUAUAUGUUAAGCCUAUAGGGGAUCAAACUUGGCUUGCUAAUAUGGUAGGGCCAAUACCGAGUGCCAAUUAGGCUAACAUAUACCUAAUAACUGUUUGUUAUCUAUAUAUCUUAGCCUUUGCCAAUUUUAUUUGUUUUGUUUCUAGUAGCACAGAACAUUUUCAGGAACCUCGGCCUACCAUAGUUGUUUAACCCGAAAGUUUUGUCUUGUAAGACGACGUAGCAAGAAUACUGAUUUUAAGUCCAGGUAACAGUUAGUUAGCCUAACCUGCUUAAUAGUUGCUUGUCAUCAUGAUGAUCCAAGUUUAAACUCCAGUAGGCCUAGCAUAUUCUUUAAAGGAAAACGUGUAUAAAUGUACAUACACGUACAUAAAUACACAACUUUAAAAUUUGGAAUCCAUCUUGAAUACUAUGAAUUCUUAAGAUUAGACAUUAUUUUUUUCAAAUUUUUCUCUUUGGUUAGAAUUCAUUUGCAUGAGUAUUGAAAUUUAGAGAUUUAAAAAAUAAUGUCCAUUUUGUUAUCUGUAACAAAUGUACAAUUUGUACUAGCCUUUGUCAGUUUUAAUCGUUUUGCUUGUAGCAAAAGGAAUUUUUAGGAGUAAUAUGUACUGUAGCUGCUUUGUGUGAAAGUUUGUGUUGUGAGAUAAGCGAGUGAGAAUGCUGCUUUUAAGUGAGUAUAAUGAAUAAUGGAUGGAUUGUUAAUAGAUUACCAUCAUUAAAAAAUAAAUUAUGGCUUAUUAACUUUUUGGGGGUUUAAGUGCAUUCCAGUUAAUGACAUAACUAGCAUCUUAGUUCAUUACUGGUAAUGUUGCAGUCAUUUGAUGACAUGUGCUUGUUUUGGUGAUCUCAUCUUUAAUGUCAGUGUUAUAUAUAUACGUGUCUGUCCAAAGUUAAAACUUCUUGCAGAUCUUAAAAUUAUGUAAUAUACAUAAAACAGUGGAGUCUCGCUUAUUGAAAAUUUAUCUAUUUUACAAAUUAUUUUUCUCUUCUAUAAGUGUGUGUGUAUGUUAGUGCUAAUAUUUCAAUCUGCCAGAAACAAUCAAUUCUUAAUUUAUGUACAUUGAGUAAUAUUUUGUUUAAUGAAGGUUAAGGUUUUUGUUUCUCAAAAUUUGUAGCUAUUUUCUUCAGAAAGUGUGGUGGUUAAUAUUACAGUAUCCACUAGUUCCUGUAGCGUAUAUUGAGUGCUGGGCCAGAAACCGUAAGAAUAAUGUUUGACAAGGAUUAAACAUGUUCUUUAGUGUGCAUGUUUUCUUCAAAUAACCUUAAAUAUUAUAUGUUCACUUAUCAGAUACUUGUCCUUGAAUACUUUAAAAUUAAUUGUUUAACAAAAGCUGUAAUUCAAGCUAUGGUGUUGAAUAUUAUUUAUUUCUUUUCUAAAAGAUAAAGGUAUAUGAAAGAAAUGUUUUCAAGAAGAAAAACAUUGGCAACCGAAAAAAUUUGUAUUGAUUUUUUAUGUUUAAUCAAAUUUUCAUUUGUACAUCUAUCAAAAUUAAUCAUCUUCAAGCAUUUAAGUGGUGCUUUUCUAACCCUGCACAAUUGGUAAUAAAAUGUUGCAGUUUCUAGCCAACUUGAUAAGUGUAGAAUGUAAUACUGAUGGAGAGCAAUAUAGUGGCUUUUAUCAAUGGAGGAACUUAUUUUGGAAAUGAUUUUAUAUAGUGCUAUUAAUCUAAAAUAAUAGUUCAUUAUAUAUAUAUAUUUCAUACUCCUUUUUAAUAAUCAAAUACAAAAUAUUUGUAAAAAUAUUGAGUUUCUUUUGUUCACUAUUAACCACUAUUUCUGGAAAGCAAUUUUGAAGAGAAUGUACUAACUUGGAUGGAGUAGAUGGAGAGCUGUAAUAUGAACUUUAUAUGAUUGCUCCUUGGUCCAGUAAAUGUACAGCAUUAGUUUCUAUAUGUAGAUUAAUAGAGCCUGGUAAUUUGUAUUCAGGUUUGGAUUUUCAAUAAGCUAGACUCCAGUUGCUCUUAGCUACUUUUCAAGCUAUGUUUGUGCAAUCUUGUAAUUAAUUUUCUGUUUUGCAUUUGUACAUUUGAUUGCAUCCGACUAUGGAAUAGUCGGUUGAUUGUUGGGUUCUUUCAUUCCUGAAAGUAUUAAGCUUGAUUUUAGCUUUUUGAUGUAUUAAAUGUUAUGUUUUUGUUAUUUCUGUUUUUACAUAAAAAGUAAAAAAACAAAAAGAUUAGUAAUUUUUAGUGAAUACUAAAAGUGACCAUCUGAAGCUGGCAUGACAAAUACCAUUCACCAUCAUGGGUUUAAUUCUUUUUUAGCUUUCAUAGUACAGUAUGUUUUUACCUUAUGUUACUUUCUUGAGGAAGCUUUGUACCAUUAAUAACGUUGAGAAACAUUAUUUUUUAAACUACUAACUUUUUUAUUUAUUUACUCAUUCGAGUAAGCAAGCUUACUGUGUUGUUUUGGGCAUACUCAUUUUUCAAUUUAUUUUGAAAAAAACCUACGAUGUAUAUAUCCAUACAUAGCUAUUGUUUCAGUUCUUAAAACCAGAAAUGACAGGAUUUCAUGCAGUGAUACAUGUACUCGUGUGAAGACUACCAAGAAACUAGUUUGAGUAGUAGAGAAGGGGAGGAAUAAUAUAAAGAAAUUUUUUAUUUUCCAUUUCUUGUAACCAAAUUUCUUAAUUAAUGCAACCCAUUGUUUGAUCUUGCUAGUGUUGUAAUUAAUAUCCAUACAUAGCUAUUGUUUCAGUUCUUAAAACCAGAAAUGACAGGAUUUCAUGCAGUGAUGCAUGUACUCGUGUAAAGACUACCAAGAAACUAGUUUGAGUAGUAGAGAAGGGGAGGAAUAAUAUAAAGAAAUUUUUUAUUUUCCAUUUCUUGUAACCAAAUGUUUGAUCUUGCUAGUGUUGUAAUUAAUUUUUACUUGGGUUGUGCUUACCAAAUAAUUUCGAAAACUGAAGACUGUCUGUAAAUGUGCAAGGAUGUUUAAUUUUUAUUUCAUAAAUCUCAAAACCCCAUAAGGUAGAUUGACAUUAAACUUGAGAACUUGUUAAAAUUGAUACUCAUCAAGAUUUGUGUAGGGAUGUACUUGUAUUUAUUUCUUCUUCUAUUAUGUUUUCAAGGCCUUCAUUUAUUGGGUAGAUUUUUCUGAAACUUUGGCAACAUGUUCCUUUCAAUAGUCUUUAACAUAUUUGUUUUUUGUUGAAAACAAAAAGUAAUUACAAACGAAGAACUUUCACCAGGUGUUUGAAUUGCUAAAUGUGUAUGGUUUUACUAGACUUAAUUACCAUGUUUUUAUAAGUAACCUCAAAUUACAGCUUUAUUCAUUCAGUACAUUAUGGUGUUUAAGUAAGACGUACAGAAAUCAAUAAAACUGUAAUAAACAAUUUACAUGUAAAAGAAAGUAUUGUGUUCCCAAACCUUUUCUGUGACUAUCUUGUAUAAACAGGAACAGAAUUGGGGGAAGAAUAAAGAUAAAUGGUUUUAUUUGUAUAAAAAACUCAGUAAUUUCAAACUGUUUAUUUGGUAAUAAAAAUUUUUACUAAACCUUUAUUUAGAAAAAAAGAAAAGAGAAAGAGACUGGUUUAUCUCAAACAGAGCUAGUACAGUAAAAGUACCUGUAAAACAUCAAGUGUCUGUUGAACUUGUAUGUCUGAUCAUUGAUUAUAUACAUACAUUUUUCUUUUUGCUGUUUGUGUUCAGUUACAUGCUACAUUAUAAGAUUUAUAUUUUUAUUGAGCAGCUGGUAAAUAUGUUUGUAAAUAGGCAGUCCACAAAGUUUAUUAGUUUGUGGACUGUCAAUCAUAAUAGUUACAGGUAAGCUAAAAUGGUUUAUCUAAUUUAAUUAUCUAAAAAAAAUUAAAUCUUAAUUAAACACAGAUGACUGUACAGACCAGAAUUUUUCUUUCACUAUAAUAGUAAGGCAUUAAGAAAAAGGAAUUGUUGAAGAAUUUAAAACAGUAUAAGGUCAUGUCAAAGGUCAUGUCAUUACCAUGAAUGUUCGUGUAAGUCAUUUGCAAGAUGUCUUAGUGCAGACUUCAGCUAAUGAGAAAGUUCACAAGUAAGGUAAUAUACUGAUUACAAUCUUUUAAAAUAUUUUACGUCCUGAAGUGAAGUAUGAGCCAAAAUAACUCAAACUGUUGUUUUAUCAGCAUAAUUGAUGGUUGUCAUUUUUUGUGUAUUAGUAGUACACAUCCAGUAGUUCCUGACUAGCUAUUUAAACUACCGGUUUCUCUUAUAUAGUUUUCUAUUUAUUGUUUUUCUAACUUUAUUUUUGAGUCUUAAAUCAAAAAGUAACUGUACUAUGAACAAGUUUUCUUUAAAUACAGUAUCUAUUACAUUUAUUUUUCUGGAAUAUGGUUUUUAUGAUUUUUGAGGUCUGAAAAAUGUUGCAAGAUUUAGAAUCAGUGAAGUGACUGAAGAAAAUAAUUUUGAUUUAAAAUGAUUGUAUGUUUUUAAAAGCAUCUUUCACAACUACUUGUUAAUGUUUUAGUUGGCAACUAAACAACUUGGUAUGCUAUGUCCAUUAUUUUCUGUAAAAAACUUACAUGUAUGUUGUUUAUAUUAAAAAAAGAUGUAGGUGUUGGUGUCUUAGUUUAGUAACUAAGGCUAGAUAUGAUAUUGACCUUUUUAUAACUUUGUUUUAAUGUAGCUUGUAAAUAUUUUGUUAUUGAAUAAGUUUGAGGCUAGCUUUUGCAGAUAUGCUUUUCUGACUUGCUAGAUCUUUUGUAGGUUUUUUCAAGAGCAUCUAGUCUCUGAAAUUGAAACAUGUCAAUGGGUGUAAAAACAACUGUGUAAAGACAAAAAGAAAAGGUUGACACACUAAUCAGCACAGUUUUUUCUUUGGUUUCAUUGGAAUAUUUUGGACACAUUAUGCUAUGUAGAAAAUGAUCAUAAACUCCAGAAUAUUUAUUUAUAUUUUGCACAACGUUUCGCUUGUACAACUGCUUCAGGAGAAAGGUAACUAGGUUAAGUAGAAGGUUGAUUGUAAGGAUGUUGUUCAGUGAAAAGUUGAGCAAACUUUAAAUAAAUAAAAAUUGUUCUGGAGUUAAUGGUUAUUUACGGUAUAGUACAGUACCUCGAGCUAUAGUACAUUGUGUGAGAAGUUGAAAACCUCUCUUAAUAACAUUUUUGUUAUACAAACACUUGAUGAAAUUAUUCAAAACAUUUUCCAUGUACAUGUACAAAGUGAUACUUAUGGUCACGUGAAUUUUAAGUUCUAAAUGCCCCCCCCCCUCUCCUGUGGCUCAAUGGUUAGCCCGAGGACUUGCAACGCUAAAAUUCUGGUUUUGAUACACGCAAUGGACAGAGCAGAAUGUCCAUUGUGUAGAUUUGCGCUUAACAACAAACGGGCAAAGGUCCUAAGUACCACGUUUUGUUUUGUACACCCACCUUAAUAAUAAAAUAUUGCUCACAAUAAAACUGUGUUUUAAAUAUACCAACUUUCUCGUUCGAGCUUCGUAAUUUUAUUAUCGAAUAAAAGGGAAUUCGGUUACGUACAUGUGUAUUCUAUUGUUUGCUUCCAAAGUAUUGUCAGAACAUGAGUUGUUUUCUGAUUUCAUUUCAAACAUGUAAACAUUUAAUUAUCAUUCAUAUGAUGGUAUCCUAUAUAUAUAUACAAGGUUUCAUCAGCUUACAAGCUGGAUUUUAAAACAUUUGGUUCUAAGGUAGGUAAUAUUCAGGCCUUUAUUGGUAAUCAUGCCUCUUAUAGAAACAUGAUUUCCUAUAAUACUAAGACAAGUUUCAUGCGGUUUGAACACGUGUUUACCCGACUCAGCCAUGAUCUGUCAGUGUAUAUGACAUGUGCUGUUUGAAAUUUCAUUGUAAACGUCAGUUUGUGCUUGUAAAAAGAUUGUCAAUGUGUAUAAGAGUUAACACUAAUGGACUUGUUAUACUGUAUAUAUUUUUAACGCCCUGUAAGAAAUUCUUCGGACCGAGUCCUGCCUCAAGGUACCAAGUGCAAUUCUAAACAAGUGCUUAUAUGUGAGUGGAAGAAAAUGUAGAGCUGGUGCUGAAUUGAUUGUUCAUUUAUUGUUUUUUUUUAAUUUGUUUCUUUUAGAAUCCCUUCAAAUAGUUGUUUACUUCUCCAGAUAUUACUAUAUUAUUCAAUAUAUUUCUUCAUCUCAUUAAAGCUAUGAAGGAAAGAGGAAUGUUGAAUUUAUUAAUACUUUGUGUUAUGUGUGAAAUAAAAUAAAAAUAUAUAUCUACAAUAUUACAGUUUAAAUUUACAGACUAUAUUGUGUAAAGUAAACCUUAACUGGGGAUCGUAGCUAAGCAUUUUGUAAGGAAUCCCACCGAUAAGGUGUGUUAAAGUAGAAUCUUAAUUACACCAAAGCCUAACGAAUCAUUGAGAUACACAAGCUGGGGAAAGUAGUUAAUCAUUUUGAAAGGAAUCCAACUAAUAGGAUGUUUUAAAGCUUAAUGAAUCAUUAAGAUACACAAACGUUGGUCAAAGAUGAGAAGCGGGAUAUGUGAAAUGCUUCUACACGUGUUUAUCAUGGAACCAUACUUUCCUUUGCAAUCAGUUUCAUUAUGAUUGUAGCUUAUUUGGUCUCGUGCUUUUUUUUUUUUUGCUUUUUUUUUCUAUAUGUAAGUGAAGCAAAGGAAUCUACUGUUUCUUGGUUGUAAUUCUUAGAAAAACGUCAGUGUAUAGAAGUUUUAAAUAUAUAAUUUACCUGCCAUAUUCCUUACAGUUGUGUAUGAGAAACAGCAAGUUAAAAUAAACUUCCCUCGGUGGUCAA